AUGCUUGCUGUUGCGCAACGGGCCACGCCAUUCCCCCUGUAGUCGCAGACAGAUUUUGACAUGUUUAUUCCUCCAACUGCUCGAGCGUGGUUUCCUUGUGACGUCCCCUCUCUGUUGGCAGGUGUUCAGAAAUGCGCUGUAUGUGCUGGUGAAUGUCAGAGCCCAGAUCACUCUACAGCAGGCGGCCAGAGAGCAGGGCUCCAACAUGAAAGACAAGAGCGGAGGUUUGCUCGCGCGGAAAAUGCUGCUGGCGGGGAUGUGUGUGCUGCUGCUGCUGAGCUCGGCAGGCCUGGUUUUCCUGCUGCUUCAGCACAAAGAGAUGUCACAGGAGCUGGUCAGGUUGGGGUCUCAGGUGGAGGAGCUGUCACAGAGCUGCAGGCUGCAGGCGAGGAUCCUCCCGGCCGAACUCGGAGAGGCCGGGGGGAUGAAGAAGCUCCACCGCAGGCGGAGGAACCAGGACGAAGACUUAACCAAAGGCCAAGAGCAGAAGGACACGAUGAUGCUCGUGACGUACUCCAUGAUCCCCGUCAAAGCCUUCAUGGACCUGUGUAACAGCUCCAGAGGACUUUGUUUAACAGGUCCACCUGGACCUCCAGGUAUGCCUGGUAGACCUGGUUCACCAGGACCCCAGGGUCCACCGGGACCGGAGGGGAGACGUGGGAAAAGAGGUCCUGCAGGUCCACCUGGUCCACCGUGUCCUGCCUGUUUGCUUGAGUGUUCGACUGAAAAUAGAAACCAGGGGACGAGGAAGCGCGUCCUCCAAACGGGCCCGCUGACAGAAUCACCAACAUCGCAUCCAGCUGAAAACACCAGGGAUGUUUUGAAUGUUACUGAGAAACUUGUCAACGCAAAUAAUGAAUCUGGAUCAGUCUAUUUUCCUCCAAACUACAACCAGAAUGACACCAACAUGGAAACGGUCACGGAGGCAUCAGCUCAGUUGAACACCCAACCUAAUGUAGACGCAGGUGGCAGCAGUGAUGCGUUCAAAGACAAUAGAUAUGUCACUACUACUGAAAGUGAGUGGUUGGUAUCACCUCGUCCAGACCACGGACACGACUCUUGGUUUGAAACCAGACAAGAAAAUGUUACAGAGACACCAGUUCAACUAUUAGCGCUGCCGACACCAAAUCCCGCUCAAGAUGCCAAAGACGUCUCCAACGACACUGACUCCAGGGAAUCGGAGCUGGUCACAUUUCAUCAGAAUGACAGCCAUGAAACCUUCACUGACACUGAAAAUGUUACAGAGGGGCCAGUAAAACCAUUAUCAGUCUUACUUGAUAGAAACCAAAACAGUGAAGCCUUCAAUGGCAGCAGAAACGUCAUCACAACUCCUAUGGCACAUGAGUCACCAACAGCACAUCCAGCUGAAAACUACGGAGAAUCUGAAUCAACAACACCACAUCAGGCUGAAAACUACAGAGAAUAUGAAGCAGUAACACCUCAAACACAUGAACUCUAUGAUACCACAGAAGAUGGAAACGUUGAAAAUGCUACGGAGGGAUCAGUACAUUUAUUACCAGUCUUACUUGAUAGAAACCAAAACAGUGAAGCCUUCAAUGGCAGCAGAAACGUCAUCACAACUCAUAUGGAACAUGAGUCACCAACACCACAUCCAGCUGAAAACUACGGAGAAUCUGAAUCACCAACACCACAUCAGGCUGAAAACUACAGAGAAUCUGUAGGAUUUGAUCAAGAUAACGGCCGUGACAUCAUGAAUGACACAGACGCUGAAGACACUAUAGAGGAGAUAAUAAUGUUAUUACCAGAAUCACCUCGUCCAGCUGAAAACGACAGCGAUGUGUUCAAUGCCACUGAGUCAAAGAGAGUUCUCUACCCAAGAGUGGAGCCUGGGUCGGUCCUGUUUAACGUUUCAUUACCGCAUCAAGAUGAGGGUAAGGUGUUAAAUGUUACCGAAGGAGAGGACGCUACAGAGGCACCGAUCACAUCAUUAACAACCUCACUUUCUAAAGAACAGGAUGAAAGGGGAGACGCUCUAAACAGCAGUGGUAACGUUACUGACCGACCAAUGGAGAGUGACUCUUCACAACCACCUCAGAUCAACAUGACGACCACUGGGAAGUGGAUAAGAACUGGAUGUCGCGUUAAAAGUGUUAAAUGUUCGGAAAAGUCCACCAAAAUGCAGAGCACUUUCGGGGCCUGGAUGUCAGAUAUAUCACGGCCGGAUGAGGGUCGAUACUGGCUGGCAGAGCACUUUUCAGGUCGAACAUUGGUGGAGACCAGGAACACGUCAGCUUUUCAGGACACAAAGAUCAUAGACAUCGGUACCUACUAUCAGGGCUGUGGUCACGUCAUCCAUAAUAGAUCAUUUUACUUCCACCAUGCAGGAAAAAACAUACUCGUGAAAUUUCAACUAAACACGAGGAAACAAAGCACCCUGGUCAUGCCGGACAGUAGAUAUCACAACCUGACUUAUCUUUUCCGCAACUCUAAGACGUACUUCAAGUUUGCUGUGGAUGAAAACGGACUGUGGGUCAUUUACGCUUCAAAUACAGAUGAUAACACAAUGGUUGCGAAGCUCAACGCCAACACGUUCUCUGUGGAGUCUGUGAUAAACACAGCCUACCCAACGACCAAAGCAGGAAAUGCUUUCAUUGUGUGUGGGGUGCUAUAUUUUACCGAUGACAUGGACAAGAGAGUGAUGUAUGCCUUUGACUUGAACAAAGAAAAACCUCUGGAUGCCACUUUUGAUUUGAGGCCAAAUAACGGCAUCUUGGCUAUGCUCUCAUAUUAUCCUAGCAAAAAGCUUUUGUAUAUGUGGGACAACAGAAGUCUGACCACCUGCAGAGUUAAAUUCAGACAGAACCAAACAAACUUAACCAAGAACUAAAACAUUUUCUUGGAAUAAUUACCAGACAGAAGACAGACAGAUGUUUGAUUUUUUAAAUUUUUUUUUCAAUAAAUGUGUGACUCCAAAUUAUUGUUGUCUGGCGUAAAUGCAUUAAAACCAAUGUCUGUACAAAA